AUGGUUUCGCCUUUGGUCCUUGUCGUUGUGUUGACGGUGGUAACGCAUGUUGUGAAUACGCUGGGUGCCCAGCAGAUCAAUAAUCUGUUGUGGUCAUUGUACAAUUCGCUCCCCUUCAGCAGCUCCAGGGCCGACGUCGCAAACAGGAAAGCCUUGCAGCGCGAGAUCCUGCUGCUCCGCGCCCAGCUGCGGGCCACAAGCUCCCAGGACGAGUUUGCGAACUGGGCGAAGCUCUCGCGCGCCCUCGACAAGAAGGUUGCGGAAUUUGAGAAGCUGAAUACCUCAAUCUCGGCUGCGCGCGUUGCGUUCGACUCAAAGACUCGGGUUGUUAGGUGGAUCCUCACCUCCGGGCUGCGCUGGUUCGUGCUGUUCUGGUACAACAAGGAGCCGAUGUUCUGGAUGCCCGAGGGGUGGGUGCCGGGGUAUGUCGAGUGGGCGCUGUCGUUCCCCAAGGCGCCCAUCGGCAGUGUGUCGAUCCAGGUGUGGAGCUUUGCCGUCGGGCAGGUGGUCAACUUGAUCUCGGGUAUCAUCAUGCAUUUCUUUGCGGUGUUUUCCGACAAGUACGGCAAGACGCCGGUUGCGAUGCCGGCGGCGGCGGCGGGCGAGAAAAAGAAGGCCAAGAAGGCCAUGUAA